AUGUCGGUGGCAUUUCCAUCUGCUCGCCCCAGGAGUAAAGGGGAGGUGACACAGCAAACCAUUCAGAAGAUGCUGGAUGAGAACCACCAUUUAAUACAAUGUAUAAUGGAUUACCAAAGCAAAGGGAAGACAGCUGAAUGCACACAGUAUCAGCAGAUCCUACACAGAAAUCUUGUUUACUUGGCCACAAUAGCAGAUUCAAAUCAGAACAUGCAGUCACUACUACCUGCACCUCCCACAACCAAUAUGUCUAUGUGUCCAGGAGGGAUGGGGCAAAGUGGGGGACAUGCUCCUAACAACCUCAAUGACAACAUGGCACCAGGGCUUCCCCCCACAUCAAUGAUGCAGAGCCAAAUGAGCAAUGGCCCCAGCCAUGCCCCCAUACAGCAGCAGCAGCAGUCUGGUCAGGUGCAGUCGGCAAUUCCCUCAGCAUCCCUCAGCAGCUACAGUAGCCCAGCCUCAGCCUCCGGCUACAACCACGCUGCACCCUCCUCCGGGGGCUAUGGCUCUUCUUCCUCCACAUCCUCAUCCUCCUCUUCCCGCAACAACCUCAACAUGCAGUCUAACCAAGUCACCAUGAUGCACCAACAGUCUGCUACUCCACACUACACCUCAGCCCAGGCAGGGGGGCAGCACUAUCAGGGACAGCAGUCUAUGGGCUUGAUGGGCCAGGGCAGUCAAGGGAACAGUCUGAUGCCUCAGAGGCCCAUGGGAUCCUACCGCUCCUCGCAGCAAGGAUCUGCACAGCAGUACAUGGGACAAGACGAGUUCUACGGAGAGCAGUAUGGACACACUCAGAGCUCCAGCGAGCCCAUAAACCAGCAGUAUUACCCUGAUGGUCAUGGAGACUACUAUCAACAGUCUUCUUAUGGUGAGCAAGGCUAUGACAGGUCCUUUGACGACUCUUCACAACAUUACUAUGAAGGAGGUAACUCCCAGUACAGUCAGCAGCAGGCUCAGUAUCAGCAGGGCUCUGGCCAGCAGCAGUCCUUCAGCCAGCAGCAGUACUCAUCUCAACAAGGCUACAGCGGGCAGCCACAGGGAUAUGGUUCUGGACAAGGUGGAUCAUCCCAGUAUUCUCAGUAUCAGCAGAGCCAAAGCCAACAGUACGGCUCAUAUCGCACUACACAGAGCGGCCCUGGAGCGCAGACACAGAGGCCCUAUGCCUAUGAACAGGGUCAGUACGGAAACUAUCAGCAAUAAAAUACCACACUGUUUUCCACGUUGAAGAAGUGAAAAGCGAAUGAUUCAACAAUGACUGGCUCAGCUGUUGAGUAGAAGACCUGGCUGCACCAUUAUUAUUACCC